GUGGAGGAGGGGAUAAAAGCGUUUCCAGGUCAGCUCAAAAUAUGGAGAGAGGAACAGGGUGGCAACAAGGACAGGAGGAGGAAGGAGGCUCAAUGGAGAGGCCAUGGGGGGAGGCCGAGGUGUUGGCUCUGGUUUCCGCGUGGGACGAGGUGGUGGCUCAGCACGGGGCUCAGAGCACAGUCACAUUCCAGCUCAUCUCAGAGCGUCUGAGGCGGCUCAGCGUGGUGCGUAGCUGGAGGGACUGCAGGGCUAAGUGCAGAAGCAUGAGACUGGACAGCAGGAGGCCCCAAGCGGGCGGCCUGACAGGCACCGGGGUGGAUGGUAGGCUGGAGGAGGGGGCAGAUCAUCAAAGAGGAAUCUCCUCAGCUCAAAUGCAGGAAGGAGUCAAGACCCCAACCAGCGGGGCGGAGGAAAACGGCCGCCACUGGACAGACGACGAGGUGCGCGCCCUGCUGCGCGUCUGGGCAGACCGCCACGUUCGAGAGAGCCUCAAGAGCACGCUGCGCAACAAGUAUAUCUUCAAAGAGAUGUCUCGCCAGAUGCAGCGGACGUACGGUGUGGUGCGCAACUGGGAGCAGUGUCGGACCAAGUACAAGAACCUCAAGUACGACUACAAGAUGGCUAAGAGCGCACACGAUGCCAGGGGCGGCGGUAGCCUGGGGAAGUGCAUGAGGUUUUAUGACGAGGUGGAGGCCAUUCUGAUGGAACAUGGCCCGGAGGACACGUCUCUGGAGAUGAAGGGGAGGUUGUGUGAUGGCAAGAAGAUAGAAAAGUCAGAAAAUGAGGUUGUCAUAGAGAUUGACGAUGAUGACAACAGCAACGAUUAUGAUGUGGAUGGCGAUAAGGAUCCAAAAUGGAAAGGACAAGAUCUACAUCCGUCCAGCAGUGAUCAAUUCCAUGGGGUCAUUGUGUCCGACACGGGUCGUAAUUGGAGUGACCAGGAGGUGCGAGCGCUGAUUCGGGUCUGGUCUGACGACCGGGUGCAACUCCAACUGGAGAGCUCGACCAGAAAGAGGGACAUCUUUGUACAGAUCUCCAAUAGGCUUAUGCAGCAGGGCAUCGAGCGUGACUGGAAGCAGUGCCACACCAAGUACAAGAACCUCAAGUACCUUUACCGCUCCCUACAGAAGGGCAAGGUCGACGAGGGCGACCCAAAGCGCCUCAUGAAGUUCUAUGAUGAGGUGGACGCAAUUAUGAAUCGCAGGGCUAGGCGCUCACCUACAGACCACCACAUGGACUUAGGUCCACUUUCUGAGAAUCAUCAUGAGGACAUUUAUUCACCCAAGGCUGAUAUGACGGCGGCGCUGGAGAAAAGAACAUGCAGCUCUGAUUCGGCUUCACCAAUAAGCCUCACAGCAAAGCCACAUGAAGAACAAGGGGUGAAAGCAGAAAGUAGUCACCACUUAGACCAACAGCACCAACGAACAGGCUCCUCAGAAGCGCACGGCGACACCUUGUCCGCCAAGAGGGGGAGGAAGAGAAAGGCUGAGGAUGAAGACAACACUUUUCUGACACCAAUGAAACAAAUGGACUGUGACAACAUGACAAUUAAAGAAGAGCAGAAUCACAUUCCUAUAAUAGAAGUCCAUUCAGUCUGCUCCAUGGCCUCCCAAGAUGCUCCUCCAGAGACACAGUUCCACGGCUUGCCGAAAAGAACCAUGGCUCGCACGCAAGAGUUGAGCAUCGGCCAGAAGCUGAACGAGGGAAAGACCAAGCACAUCUUUGAACUCCUGGACCAGCCCGGACUGGUCCUGGUGCAGUCCAAAGACCAGAUCACGGCCGGGAAUGCAGCGAGGAAAGACCAGAUGGAGGGCAAAGCGGCUAUCGCCAACAAGACGACAAGCUGCGUGUUUAAGUUGCUGCAAGAUUCUGGCAUCAAGACGGCCUUUGUGAAGCAACACUCGGACACGGCGUUCAUUGCGGCCCACUGUGAGAUGAUCCCCAUCGAGUGGGUGUGUCGGAGGGUGGCCACCGGGUCUUUCCUGAAGAGGAACCCGGGUGUUAAGGAGGGUUACCGCUUCUCGCCCCUCAAGAUGGAAAUGUUCUUUAAAGACGAUGCCAACAAUGACCCCCAGUGGUCAGAGGAGCAGUUGCUGGAGGCCAAAUUCUGCCUGGCCGGCCUCACCAUCGGCCAGUGUGAGGUGGACGUGAUGAACCGCAGCACAGUGGCCAUCUUUGAGAUCCUGGAGAAGGCAUGGGCCACUCAGAACUGCACGCUGGUGGACAUGAAGAUUGAAUUUGGAGUGAACGUGAAGACUCAGGAGAUCGUUCUGGCUGAUGUGAUCGACAACGACUCAUGGAGGCUGUGGCCCGCUGGAGAUAGAAGCCAACAAAAAGAUAAGCAGGUCUACAGAGACCUCAAAGAGGUCACCCCCGAGGCAAUGCAGAUGGUCAAGAGGAACUUUGAGUGGGUUUCUGAAAGGGUCAAGCUGCUGCUGGAGUCCCAGUCUGGGGGCAGAGUGGUGGUCCUGAUGGGCUCCACCUCAGACAUGGCCCACUGCGAGAAGAUCAGGAAGGCGUGUUGCUCCUACGGCAUUCCCUGCGUGCUGAGAGUCACCUCGGCUCACAAAGGCCCGGAUGAGACUCUGCGCAUUAAAGCUGAAUAUGAAGAUGGCAUUCCUACAGUGUUUGUGGCGGUGGCUGGUAGAAGCAACGGCCUCGGGCCCGUGAUGUCUGGAAACACGGCUUAUCCUGUCAUCAACUGCCCGCCUCUAACACCUGACUGGGGCGCCCAGGAUGUUUGGUCCUCCCUCCGUAUGCCGAGCGGUCUGGGCUGUUCCACCAUCCUCUCCCCUGAGGCGGCAGCUCAGUUUGCGGCUCAGGUCUUUGGGCUGACUGACCACCUGGUGUGGUGCAAGCUGAGGGCCUCCAUGCUCAACACAUGGGUGGCCCUCAAGAUUGCAGACAAGAAGCUCCAGGCCUGCAGCCUCUGAGCCGACCGUCGCCUCACCAGCUGGUUAUGAUCCUUCUAAUCCUCCUUUUUAGGAGUCUGAUUAACAACAUGAAUCUGUACUUGCUUCACAAACUCUCCUAAUCAUUCCAUUAAAAUCAAUUUCAUAAACU